AAAAAACAUAAAGUGAAGAAGAGUACAGUUUCUUCAAAACUCAAAAGAGUUUGAUCCUCUUCUUCUUCCUCCUCCUUCUGCAGGAUUAUCUUUCAGGAAAGAUCGAAACUUUAUUAGAUUUUCUGAAAGAUGGGUAACGCUCUUGGAUUCCUCUACGGAAAAUGCUGCAAACCCACCACGGACGACGACUCUCACGGUCCUCACGGCGUCUCCUCCGUCGGUCUUUCAGCUUUAGCUCACGAUCUCUUCAACUUCGAGAUCACUUCCCAAGUUCCUGAAGGACUUGGGAGGUACGUUGUGUCAUCAAGAAAAGCUCAAGCAAACUGGUAUAGAAAAAUACUUGAGGCAUGGAAGCAAGCAAAACCUCCACCACAGACGGCAGAGGAUGCUUCUAGGCUUGUUAUUGAGAUCUUGAAAAGGCAUCAGAAAGCAGAUGUUGAGGGACUUUUGUCUUUUUAUGGACUCCCUUUGCCUCACACUCUUGUUGAGCUCUCUACUGAAGCUCCUCCUGAAUCUUUGCCUGAAGGAGUUCUUUUUGAGUUUCAAACGCUUCCGGUGGAUCCAAAAGCUGUGGCAGAUGGAGACACCAUCACGGUUUAUGUCAGUAGUUCAGACCCGGUGGUGUCAUCUUCUGUUCCAAGAGAAGUGAAUGUUGCAGCGGUUCAAAGAGCAAAGGCAAGAGAGAGGAAAGAUUAUACCAAAGCGGAUGCGCUUCACCAGAAGAUCAUUGAUUCUGGUUACAGAGUGCUAAACAUCCAGAAUGAAGAGGUGCUUGCUCGCAAGUUCAGAAUUAGACUAAGGGGAAUAGAUGCACCAGAAAGCCAGAUGCCUUUUGGGAAAGAGGCACAAGAAGAGCUUCUUAAGAUUGUUCAAUGGAAAAGCUUGAAGGUGUUGGUUUAUGGAGAAGAUCAAUAUGGGAGGUGUGUUGGAGAUAUAUACUGCAAUGGAGUUUUUGUUCAGGAGGCAAUGCUAAAGAAAGGUCUUGCUUGGCAUUAUGUAGCUUAUGACAAGCGCAUGGUUCUUGCAAAGUGGGAGAAAGAAGCAAGGCAGAAGCGUGUAGGCUUGUGGGCUUCUUCAAAUCCUGAAAAGCCAUGGGACUGGAGAAAGAACAGGCGUGCAUAAGCAACUUGCCUCUGUAAAAACUCAGCGUUUAAGAUCAUUGAAGGUUUCUUCUGAUUCAACUAUAUUAUAUUCCAUUGUAAGAUGUGUACAAAUGGUAAUUAUCUUACACUAUUAAAAGUUGUUAAUCAAGGCUUUUUAGCUAUGCCACGUAAGCUAAUAUAUUCCAACCAAUUAAAGAGUGACAUGUCAG